CAAACAGCGGGGCGCUCGGCUUCUCCACAUCCUCCGUCUCCUUCUCUGUCCGCCGCGUCGCUUCUCGGGUCUCUCGCUUCCCCAACCCCUCCACCCUGCCAUGCUCCGGGUCACCUCGCUGCUGCCCGCCCUGCUGCUGUUCGUUCUCCUGCCGGGCCCGAGCCGGGGGUAUUUCCCCGAGGAGCGCUGGAGCCCCGAGUCGCCGCUCCUCGCUCCCCGGGUCGUCAUCGCGCUGGUCUGCCGCAACUCGGCGCACUCUCUGCCGCUGUUCCUCGGAGCCGUCGAGCGCCUCAACUACCCGAAGGACCGCAUUGCGCUGUGGGUGGCGACAGAUCACAAUACCGAUAACACCACGGCCAUCCUGAGAGACUGGCUCAUUAAGGUGCAGAACUACUAUCACUAUGUGGAGUGGAGACCUGAAGAUGAACCAAGUGCCUUUGAAGACGAGGUGGGGCCUAAGCACUGGAAUAACCUCCGCUACGAACACGUAAUGAAGCUCCGCCAGGCAGCGCUGGAAACUGCCCGUGAGAUCUGGGCCGACUACCUCCUGGUGGCCGACUGUGACAACCUGCUCACCAAUCAGGAUGUGUUGUGGAAGCUCAUGAGGGAGAACAAGACCAUCGCGGCUCCCUUGCUGGAGUCCAGGGCCGCGUACUCCAACUACUGGUGCGGCAUGACUUCACAGGGCUACUACAAGCGCACACCCGCCUACAUGCCCAUCCGUAAGCAGGAGCGUCGUGGCUGUUUCGCCGUACCGAUGGUUCACUCCACCUACCUGGUGGACCUGAGGAAAGAGGCGUCCCGUCAGCUGGCCUUUUAUCCGCCACAUCCGGAGUACAGCUGGGCCCUGGAUGAUGUUAUUGUCUUCGCCUACUCAGCUCGCAUGGCUGAUGUGCAGAUGUACAUAUGCAACAAAGAAACUUACGGGUAUUUCCCAGUGCCGAUGCGUUCCCAUGCGACCUUGGAGGAUGAGGCGGAGAGCUUUCUGCACACUCACCUUGAGAUCAUGGUGAAAAAUCCACCGUUGGAGCCCUCCAGCUUCCUGUCUCUUCCUCCCAAGCAGCCUAACAAGAUGGGCUUUGAUGAGGUGUUUAUGAUAAAUCUGGUGCGGAGAUCUGACCGUCGUGAGCGAAUGCUAAGAACUCUGUACGAGCAGGAGCUCAGCUGUAAGGUUGUUGCUGCUGUGGAUGGCAAAGCUCUGAACAAGUCUGAUAUAGAGUCUAUGGGGAUUAAGAUGCUGCCAGGCUACAAAGACCCUUAUCAUGGACGACCUCUCACUAAGGGUGAACUGGGGUGUUUCCUCUCUCAUUACAACAUCUGGAAGGAGAUAGCAGAGCGCGGUCUAAAAACGUCCCUGGUCAUCGAGGACGACCUCCGCUUCGAGGUGUUCUUCAGACGUCGCCUCCAGACGCUGCUGCAGGAGGUGACGACACACAAGCUGGACUGGGAUCUCAUUUACAUCGGGCGAAAGCGAAUGCAGGUAGACCACCCAGAGAAAUCUGUACCAAAAAUCCACAAUCUGGUGGAGGCGGAUUACUCCUACUGGACACUCGGCUACAUGUUGUCAUUACAAGGAGCCCAGAAGCUCCUCAAGGCCGAGCCUCUGACCAGAAUGCUACCUGUCGAUGAGUUCCUCCCUGUUAUGUAUGACAAACAUCCAGUCUCAGAGUACAUGGACCCCUUUGAGCGUCGAGACCUGCGUGCAUUUUCUGCUGAGCCGCUUCUGGUGUAUCCGACCCAUUACACAGGAGACCUGGGCUACAUCAGUGACACGGAAACAUCGGUGGUUUGGGACAACGAGACAGUCAGAACUGACUGGGACCGAGCCAAGUCGAGGAAAACUCAGGAGCAGGGGGAGCUGAGCUUCGAGGCCCAGAACUCCGACGUGCUGCAGUCUGAACUGGAGAACUGGAGCGCACGGGACGAGCUGUGAUGAAGAAGGCACUGGGACGGGAGGGAGGAGUAAGAGAGAAAGAACUCUGGCAUACAGAGAUUAGGACGAGGGGAGAUAGAACAUAGCUGGGAUAGAGGCGGGGAGACGGGAAGUAUGGAUGGAACAUAACAGAAAGCAGGAGUGUUACGCAGAUGGACACUGGGCUGAUGAGAAACAAAUGCUUUUCCUUGUACAUUUCUCUCCACUGUUGGAACUUUCUCUUGAGAGAGGAGGUUAGAUGUAGAGAUAACUCUUGAAGAGUCAGCUAGCAGCUUUUUUUUUUAUUUAUUGCAUCCAACACACAUCCCUUGUCCAGAGCCCUGGUCCAUUAAUAGUUAUAUUUUUUAUCUGAUUUUUUCCCCCCAGACUCAUGCAAUAA